AUGCGCUUCUCCCUCGCAGGGCUGGUGGCCUCUGGUCUGAUCUGCGCCGGUCUCGUCUCGGCACAGACAAACGGCUCUAUUGACAAUGGUCCCUUUGACGACGACCUCAACGGCUCCAACUUCACCUACCCGCAUCCGGUGAAGCUCUUUCGCUUCCACAACCAGCUGCAGGACCUGGAGAUGGCCUUUAUGGACGUCCCUCCUUCAUGCGCGCCUAACGGCAAGACUGUCGUCGUUCUGCAUGGCAAAAACUUUUGCGGGCCUACCUGGGGUGCGACAAUCGAUGUCCUGGCGAGUAUUGGCUAUCGCGUUAUUGCGCCGGAUCAGGUUGGCUUCUGCAAGAGCAGCAAGCCCACGGGCUACCAAUUCAGCACCAACCAGCUGGCCAAAAACACGCAGGCAUUGCUCACGACGCUUGGAAUCAGCAAAAUCACCUUGAUUGGCCACUCUCUUGGCGGCAUGCUUUCCAUUCGAUUCGGCCUGCAAUAUCCCGACAUGAUUGAAAAGCUCGUUCUUGUCGACCCGGUCGGUCUUGAAGACUACGUGGAAAAGGGAGUGCCUUAUAUUGCUCUCGACGACAGCUACAAGUCCGAGUCUGCCCAAAACUACCAGUCCAUCAGAGGCUACGAACAGGAAGUCUACUACGUCGGCCAAUGGAAGAGCUCCUACGACACAUGGGUCAACAUGCUGGUGAACAUCUAUAACGGCUCCAAGCGUGGGCAGUUUGUCACCAACCAGGCGCAAAUUGUCGACAUGGUGCUGACCUCGCCGGUCGCCCACUACUUUGGCGAUCUUACACCCAAGACGCUCCUCAUUGUCGGUGACAAGGACAAGACGGCCAUUGGAUCGCAGUGGAGUCCUCCUGAUGUGGCUGCCAAGCUCGGCCACUUUGACGUUCUUGGGCCGCAAGUCGCUUCUCGGCUCCCUAAUGGUCGGCUGCAUCAGUUUCCGGAUCUCGGGCAUGCUCCGCAGCUGUCGGACCCCUCGUCAUUCCAUGCCGUCGUGCUGGACUUUCUGUGGUCGUAG